UUCUUCUUAUUGAAGACUCAAACUAUUCUUCUUAUUGAAGACUCAAAACAAUCCAACAUUUGCAUAUCCUGAUUUAUCAUCAAUCAGGAGAAUUAUUGCCUUAUAAAUUAUUGAUAUCUAGCAACUCUAAAUUGGUAAGCUGAUCUGUAUGGUUGGGGCAUGAUAUUGGGAAGGUGGAUUUCAACAACACCAACACGAUUUCAGCUUAUAAAAUACUACCAAUCGCUUAAUAAGGGACAAGGGAGUAUAACUUUCUGAAUAAUUAAUUAAUACAAAUAAAUGCAAUUAUUUAUUUCAUUUGGACUUUAUAAGAAUUUUUAAAAUUAUAAAACAUUCAAUAAGAAACGUGUCAAACUGAAAAAUCAAGGGAAACGUUUUAUCAGUGUGCUAUAAACUUGCUUAGGCAUUGCUCUAACGAAAAUUAUGAUAACUCCCUGACUGACUUAUAAAUGGACAUCUUCUAAAAUCCUAGUGCCAUUUAUUAUGUAACGAGGGUACAUAGGCAACAAUAUUGUCUUGUCUUGGUUAAAAAUCCUCGUGAUUGUUGUGGUGGGGAGGCAGGGUGUAAGGUUGAUAUUGGCCCAAAAACGCCGGCCGCAUCUGUCUCACCCACUUUUCCAUGGCCUGCAUCGUCUCUUAGAUUACACUCAUGUGGCCCUCCAAGAUUCCUGCUUUCCAUCUCUCUCCACCAACUACCACUUGUUUCACUCUAUAUGUUCACAUCCUCGAUUUCCUACCCAACCCAUCUCUAUUAUUUCAUUCUAUUUUAAUACGCCUGUAAUUCUUUCUUUCUUUCUUUCCCCCUCUGAAUAGAAAGAAAGACUACUCUCUGUAAAAAAACACUUAAAUUGCAUUUCUUAUUUAACUGCAGGAAGGGGCGUCCUUCUUUUGGUUCUACAGCACUCAUCUGGGACUGAAGGAGGAAGGUAACAUAUUCAAAGAUGGGUGAUGUAGCUAAAGAUCUAACCGCUGGGACUGUGGGAGGGGCAGCACAGUUGAUAGUCGGGCAUCCCUUUGACACCAUUAAGGUCAAGCUCCAAAGUCAACCUGUUCCACCUCCUGGACAGGCUCCAAAAUAUUCCGGUGCCAUAGAUGCCGUGAAGCAAACAUUGGCUGCUGAAGGUCCGAGGGGUUUAUACAAAGGCAUGGGAGCCCCACUUGCCACUGUGGCAGCCUUCAAUGCAGUGCUCUUCACUGUCCGUGGCCAAAUGGAGGCACUCUUGAGGUCUUCUCCUGGCACUCCUCUUACUGUCGGUCAGCAGGUUGUGUGCGGAGCUGGAGCUGGUGUGGCUGUUUCCUUCCUGGCUUGCCCCACUGAAUUGAUCAAGUGCAGACUACAAGCGCAGAGUUCACUAGCAACUACUGGGCCGGCAGUUCCUCCUGCACCGGGUGGUGGUGCUGCUGCUGUUGCUGUUGCUGUCAAGUAUGGAGGGCCCAUGGAUGUGGCAAGGCACGUUCUUCGGUCAGAAGGAGGCGCGAGGGGUCUGUUCAAGGGGUUGCUCCCAACCUUUGCCCGUGAAGUUCCUGGCAACGCAGCUAUGUUUGGUGUGUAUGAAGGACUGAAGCAGUAUCUUGCAGGAGGGCAGGACACUUCCAGUUUGGGAAGAGGUUCGCUGAUACUAGCCGGAGGGUUAGCUGGAGCUUCGUUCUGGGGUUCUGUUUAUCCGACCGACGUUGUCAAGAGUGUGUUGCAAGUCGACGACUACAAGAACCCCAAGUAUUCGGGCUCUGUCGAUGCGUUCAGGAAGAUAUUGAAGUCGGAAGGAGUGAAGGGUCUGUACAAAGGGUUCGGGCCCGCGAUGGCCCGUAGUAUUCCUGCAAAUGCAGCUUGCUUCUUGGCAUAUGAAGUUACCAGGUCUAGUUUAGGAUGAUGAUUAGAUAGUUAUCUUAAUUUAAGUUUCUAAUGAAAAAUGUGAAUAUUUAAGUUAUCAUUUC